CUUAACACGUCAAUCUAGAACGAUUAAUCGCCGAUAAAUUCCAUGCCAAUUAAAAUAUAUUAAUACCGCCCAACUAUUAGCCCUUGCGCGGUCGCCCCUAUAAUAAGACUCGCCAUUCAUUCACCAUUCACUCUUGCCAGCAAAAAGUGUUCAUUCAUUCGCAGGAGCCAGAAGAAAGUGUAAACGUUGCGAUUUUUAAUAAUAGCGGUAAUAACUAAGUUUGCGAUAUCCUAGGAAAAUGGAGGAGAUUAAAAAUAUGAAACUGCCCAAGGCGUUAGUUGAGGAGCUUCGCAAAGCGGAGCAGCGCUCGACCAUCUCCUGGGAGUCUAGCAACGAGGGGGUCCACGAGAGGGUCAACUUCGAUGACACGAUCUGGGGCCUAAGCCUCGCUGGCGGCGCGUUUUAUAACACCCCUCUUAGAAUUACACAGGUGAAAGAAGGCAGCCGAGCCGAACACGCAGGCAUCAAAGUCGGUGACUACCUGACGAGUAUCAAUGACAUUGACAGCACCACGCUCACGAUACAGGAGGCUCAUGACAUGAUCCUUGAGUCGGGGCUGCAGAUUAAGUUCGCGCUGUCUGCGCCUGAUGUUGAAGAAACAGUUCACACAGUUUAUCAAGAUAUUUUUGAAGAUGAACAAGAGGAGAAACGACGCGUGCGGGAGGUGAAAUCAUCAAGAAAACAAGUAGUUUUUAAAGGCGCCAAAACGAACGAUGCGUGGAGUCUGGCGUGGCCGAGCAACAAAAAACGGGACAUAAUGUACCGCGAAUCGAACUGUUUUCUGGUCCCCAGUCGCUAUGUGGCGAAGCAUUCGGACAGAAUUUUAAUAAAAAGCAACGGAAUUGGAAAGGAAAGCAAACCGGAUAUAGCUCCGACUGUGGAAGUUGAUAAAUGAAAUUUAAUAAACAAUUUUUAACAAAA